AGUUGGUGAGAAACUUCUUUCGAGGAUGGGUCAAAGUGUUUUGGAAAUUUGUGCUUAGGACAUUGGCAGGCAAGAAAGAGAAUAAAGUUAUGCCUAAAAAGUAGAGAGAUAGAGUAAAUGUCUUGCUGAACUGUGACCCGUGCUUAAGACUAAAUGGCUUUAUUGUGAAUAUAUAGUGACUUACGCCAAUAUUUAUUGAUAGUGAUCUAAAACGCAAAAUAAUUGCUAUACGCAUAACAAAACUGCGAGAUCUCCUGUAGUUCAAGACGUAAUCUCGUGGAAUAAGCAAGUGAUUAGAAGAAGAAAUUCAUUGAUUUCCUAACUUAAUAAUACAAAGUGUGAUAAGUGAUAUAAAAAAAUUAAGGAAAAAUGGCACUGGAUUUCAUUGCAGGAUGCUUUGGGGGAUGUGCCGGAGUGAUCGUUGGGCAUCCCUUUGACACUAUUAAAGUUCAUCUGCAGACACAGGAUCAUCGAAAUCCUCAAUACAGGGGCACAUUCCACUGCCUUAAGACAAUUGUGGCUCGUGAUUCAGUCCGAGGACUCUACCGAGGAAUGGCAAGUCCAAUGUCAGGAGUAGCCUUCGUCAAUGCCAUUGUCUUCGGGGUUUAUGGGAAUGUUCAGAGGCGUACAGAAGAUCCCAAUACUCUGCGAUCACAUUUUUUGGCGGGAGCAGCAGCUGGAUUGGCACAGAGUUUAGUAUGUUCGCCAAUGGAACUGAUAAAGAUGCGACUUCAGCUACAGAGCGAAUCAUCACUUGGCGGGAGAGUCAAGUUCAAGGGACCCCUCAGUUGUCUGCUCCACAUUUGGCGCCACGAGGGAUUGCGCGGUGUCUAUAGGGGGUUAGGCAUUACAGCGGCCCGAGACUUACCAGGUUUUUCUUCAUAUUUUGUAUCAUAUGAGAUGAUGACAAGAACGACUCCAAAUCCCAGUGCAUUCCACACUCUGAUGGCUGGAGGUAUGGCAGGAAUAUUUUCCUGGCUUUGUACAUUCCCAAUAGAUGUUGUCAAGUCCCGCAUUCAGGCUGAUGAAACAAAGUACAAAGGGAUCAUGGAUUGCAUUGUGAAGAGCUAUCGAUCUGAAGGACUGGCCUUUCUCUCAAGAGGAUUGGCCUCAACCAUCAUCCGGGCUUUUCCCAUGAAUGCUGCAUGCUUCCUCGUGGUGACGUGGAUCCUAAAUCUAGCACGAAAGCACGAUUCUACGGAUAAAAGUGUCCAGAUUCAAAUUUCUGCAGCAGAUGAAACACUGCCUAUCGUCAAUCAAAUUCCACAGAUCUUCAUAAAACGCCAUGAUCCUCUGCAUCAGCAGGAGUGUCACCACAGGCAUCGAACUAUCAGGAAUUUUGUGGUUCUGGCUGCAUUCCAGGAAGCUAUUUGUGACGAUGAAAUCACUGAACUCAUCAAUGACACAUUUGAGGCUCACAACGAGGGUUACUACCUCUGGGACACUAGGCCAAGUAUAUCAGACUUGAGUGAUUGAUCCUUGGUUUGAUCCAAAGGAUGUGUUUUCAGAGUGAUUUAAAUUUCGUGUUAUCUGAAAUUGUUCACUCCGGAAAGUGUGUGCCUUAAAGACUGAUAAAUAAAUUGUGCAAAAUUCCA